AUGCUAAUUUGGAGGUUACAGAAGCGUGUUCUCAAUUUUGUCCAUGUUCCCCCACCUCAUUGUGGGGUUGAUAUUGUAGAUGCCAUUUAUAAAUGUUUAAAGGAGUGUGGACUCAAGAAUAAGGUGUUUACAGUUUCUAUGGAUAAUGCAUCAUAUAAUCAUUCUUGUUUGAGGUUUUUGAGAGAGAUCUUUUCUAGGAAUAGGAGGUUGCUUUGUAAGGGAAAAUUGUUUCAUGUUCGAUGUUGUGCACAUAUUCUGAAUUUGUUGGUUCAAGAUGGUCUUGGUGAAAUUGGUCACAUCAUAGAAAAUGUUCGUGAGAGUGUCAAAUACAUUAACCAAUAUGAGGCUAGGAAACAAACAUUUUCUAAAAUUGUACAACAAUUACAACUUGGUACAAAGAAGUUGGUUAUUAUUGAUUUUCCUACCCGUUGGAAUUCAACAUUUCAGAUGUUGUUAUGUGCUUUAAAAUUCAAAGAUGUUUUUCCAAGAUUUCAAGGAAGGAAACCAAACUAUGACUACUUGUCAACGCCUGAAGAAUGGAAAAAUGUGGAAAAAGUAUGUGAGGUACUUGAAGUUUUCAAUGUAGUCACGAACAUUAUUUUUGAUAGUGACUAUCCUACUUCUAAUUUUUACCUCAGUGAGAUAUACAGGGUGAAAGAAAUUUUGAACUUGAAGGCAAUGGAUGAAAGUGAUUUCAUUAGAAGGAUGGUUGGAAAGAUGAAGGGGAAGUUUGAUAAGUAUUGGGGUGAAUGUAAUCUGUUAAUGGUUGUGGCUUCCGUCAUGGAUCCGAGGUGCAAACUAAGGCUGGCUGAGAUGUUUUUUCCAAAAAUCUAUUCAGAAGCUGAAACUAGAAAUAACAUUGAGCAAGUUCGAGGAGAUUUGUACCAACUUUAUAUGAGUAUGUAG